GAAAUUUCGAAAAGUCGCGUCGCCAGGCACCACAAACCCAACAACAUAGACCUCUUUGCAGAUACCCCCUCUCGGCUGUUCUGUUUCUGGUUGAUAAUGUCGUACAAUAAUCCGACCCAGAUCUUUGCGGAGGAUGUAACGGAAGAAAAGGGUGAAAAUGCGCGCCUCUCUGCUUUCGUUGGCGCAAUCGCCGUGGGGGACUUGGUGAAGAGCACCCUCGGUCCAAAAGGAAUGGAUAAGAUAUUACAGUCUGCUUCAACCGGUGAAAUCAUGGUCACGAACGACGGUGCUACUAUCCUGAAAUCGAUUGCCUUGGAUAACGCCGCCGCAAAAGUGCUCGUCAACAUAUCCAAAGUUCAAGACGACGAAGUCGGCGACGGGACCACAUCAGUUACGGUACUAGCUGCGGAGCUUCUCCGAGAGGCAGAGAGGCUUGUGGAUCAGAAGAUACACCCACAGACAAUCAUCGAGGGCUACAGGAUAGCAAGUCAUGCUGCUCUGCAGGCUUUGGAGAAGGUCGCGGUGGACAACAGCAACGAUGAACCCGCUUUCCGAAAAGACCUCGACGCUAUCGCCCGAACGACACUGAGCUCUAAAGUCCUCAGCCAGGACAGGACACACUUUGCGAAGCUGGCCACAGAUGCCGUGCUCAGGAUGCAGGGUUCCACGGACCUCACACACAUUCAGAUCAUCAAGAAAGCCGGAGGAAAGCUCAAGGACUCAUACCUAGAUGAGGGUUUCAUCUUGGACAAGAAGUUUGGCGUCAACCAGCCCAAGCGGAUAGAGAAUGCCAAAAUCUUGGUUGCAAAUACGGCAAUGGAUACGGACAAGAUCAAGAUAUUCGGCGCAAGGGUAAAGGUAGAUUCUACCGGAAAGCUAGCUGAGCUGGAGAAGGCGGAGCGGGAGAAGAUGCGGGCUAAGGUCGAGCGCAUCAAGGCACAUGGCAUAAAUUGCUUCGUGAACCGACAAUUAAUCUACAACUGGCCCGAGCAGCUGUUCGCGGACGCUGGCAUCUGCUCUAUUGAGCAUGCUGAUUUUGACGGUGUCGAGCGGUUAGCACUUGUCACCGGAGGGGAGAUCACAUCGACGUUCGACCAUCCUGAGAACGUCAAGCUCGGUCACUGCGAUCUUAUCGAAGAGGUGAUCAUUGGCGAGGACACGCUGAUCAAGUUCUCCGGCGUUGCGGCUGGCAAAGCAUGCACCAUCGUUCUACGUGGAGCCACCGAACAGCUUCUCGACGAAGCUGAGCGGUCACUCCACGAUGCUUUGGCUGUCCUUUCCCAGACGGUCAAGGAGCCCAGGACGACCCUCGGUGGCGGCUGUGCUGAGAUGGUCAUGGCAAAGGCUGUUGCAGAGGCGGCACAGAAUGUGGCAGGCAAGAAGGCUAUAGCGGUUGAGUCCUUCGCGAAGGCACUGCAACAGCUACCGACUAUCCUUGCAGACAAUGCAGGCUUUGAUUCAAGCGAUCUGGUCACGCGACUCCGCAAAGCCGUCUACUCCGGCUUGACGAGCUCGGGACUAGACCUCUCAACUCCCGGCGGCGGCAUUACCGACAUGAGGCAGCUGGGGGUCAUAGAGAGCUACAAGCUGAAGCGCGCGGUUGUUUCCUCGGCAUCUGAGGCGGCGGAGUUACUGCUUCGGGUAGACAACAUUAUUCGGAGUGCGCCGAGGAGGCGGGAGCGGAUGUAAGAGAGGUGAUACAGCCACCUCGGACAAGCAUGAUGCUGCAACGGCACCUGCACUAGAUAGAUGUACACUACAACAGUGAU